UUUGGUACAAAAGGGUAUGGAAUGGCACACCGAACUGAACUCGGCUCCUGGCGGGACAUUGAGGGGGGUGGCUUCUUUCUAUAAGAUACAAAGCGGGGAGGUUGAAGAGGCAUCGGAGAAAGCCUAAGAACUAACAAGAAGAUAAAGAAAAACCAUACCCUUUCAACAUGGGAGUAGAAGCCUUGCCCAGGAACGGUGAUAUUGCUUCUGUUGCUGCUUGUCCUCAUCCUCUUAUACUGGGUCUCCAGCCUGCCGCUCUCAUAGACCACGUUGCCCGUGUCGAUUGGUCCUUGCUGGAUCAAAUACCCGGUGACCGCGGUGGCUCCAUACCCGUUGCAAUUCAAGAACUUCAGCAUAUUUUAGGAGAGGUAAAAACUCAUUUACUUGCUUCCCCUGAUGAUACAUCUCCUGUGCGGACAAUUGCUGGGGACAGUGUAGCCAGUGCCAUUCGUGGUCUUAGUGCAAACUUUGGAGUCUCUUGUGGGAUUAUUGUGGCUUAUGGGGAUGAUAAGGAAGGCAGGUUGUUUGUUAGUAAUAUGGGCUCUAGUGGGGUGAACCUCUCGAGAUUGAGGACGAAGAAGGGACCCACUGGUCAGUGUGUUUGUUUGGUUGAUGCAUUGGGCAAUCGUACAAUGCUACCUUGCCUCUCAAGUGCUGUGAAAGUUCAGGCUGAUGAAUUGACCAAGGAAGAUUUUAGGGGAUCUAAGUGGCUGGUAAUGAGAUAUGGAAUAUUCAACAUAGAAGUUAUUCAAGCAGCAAUUCAGAUUGCGAAGUAAGAGGGUGUUUAUGUCUCAUUGGAUUUGGCCAGUUUUGAGAUGAUUCGAAACUUUAGAUCACCUCUCCUUCAAUUACUAGAGUCAAGGGACAUAGACCUCUGCUUUGCUAAUGAGGAUGAAGCAAUGGAACUUCUAAGAGGUGAACAAAAUACUGAUCCUGAGGCUGCGCUAGAAUUCUUGGCCAAACAUUGCAAUUGGGCUGUAGUGACUUUAGGUCCUAAUGGGUGCAUUGCAAAGCAUGGAAAAGAGACUGUCCGGGUUCCAGCCAUUGGGGAAGCAAAGGCAACCGAUGCCACCGGAGCAGGAGACCUAUUUGCCAGUGGCUUUUUGUAUGGACUGGUAAAGGGAUUAUCUUUGGAGGAAUGCUGCAAAGUCGGUACAUGUAGUGGAGGAUCCGUUGUUCGCUCCCUUGGGGGUGAGGUGACCCCAGAGAACCGGCAAUGGAUGUACAAACAGAUGCAGAUCAAUGGUCUUCCUGUACAUCCGCAGUUGAUGCCACAACUUGCAUAUAAGUGAUAUUUUUUUUACAUUCAAUUGCUACGAUUUAGCAUUUCCUAUAAGAAAAGAGGCAGCUGUAGUUGCAUUCUGGGGCAAAUUUUAUGCAUAUAAGACAACUAUUUCUCAACUGAAAUGCGUUAACACAGUAAUUGUUGGCUCACCAAGAAGGCUUAUUGUUGUAACACCGGACUAACGUGUAUGGUGAUGAUCUAUUGAUCUAAGGUGUUGUAUAAACUACUGAGAAACAGAAUACAUAUUGACAUAUCAUUUUUCAUCAUUAACAAUAUAAUAAAACAUCGAUUACAAAUUA